GGAACCUUUCACCCGGGUUUGAAAGGAUCUUUGUCCACCGGAAGAGAAUCAGAGGAGGACUUCUGUUGACAUUUUUUUUUCUCAUACGUAGCCCCUAAAUCCAAUUUGGUUCUUUUUCCUGGUUGAUAUUUUGAUUCACGUCGAUUCAGCGGAGCUGCGGAACGKUUCGAAGCUUGUUGUCUUCCCGCUGGGUGCAGCGGCGAUGACGGCGGUCAGGGCCGCCGCAACGGUGGCAUCGGCAGCGGGGGGCCCGGCGUCUUUGUCCCGCUUCAGGGGAGCGCUGGUCGCGGCUGUGCUGGGGGACUGCGUCGGCGGAGAGUUCGAAGGAGCGGAGGAGGUUCCGAUGGAGAGCGUGGUCCAGCACCUGAACAGCCUGGACGAUGAAACGAAAGGAAACGGAAUCCUGGAAUACAGCGACGACACCGCGAUGACUCGCUGCGUGGUCCAGUCUCUUCUCAGCCGGGCUGGAUUUGAUGAGCGGGACAUGGCCGUCAGGUUUGCGAAGGAGUACAGCGUCUCCCCGAGCCGCGGUUAUGGUUCUGGAGUCGUCCAGGUGUUGAAGAAGCUCUCCUCCCCGCAGAUAAAAGACGUUUAUCAGCCAGCGAGGGACCAGUUUAACGGCCGGGGCUCUUUUGGGAACGGAGGCGCCAUGAGAGCCGCACCCUUUGCUUUGGCUUUUCCUGACUCGGCUGAUGUUAAGAAGUUCACGCAGCUCGGUGCCAUGCUGACGCACUCCUGCUCUCUGGGUUAUAACGGCGCGGUGCUGCAGGCCCUCGCUGUCCAUCUGUCCCUGCAGGGGGCGCUGGAGCUGCCCCAGCAGUUCAUAAGCAGGCUCAUGGCAGAAAUGGAGGAGGUGGAGGGCGACGAAGCGGCGCUCCGCGAUGCCAGGAUCCUAAAGGAAGCAGAGAAGCCGUACUGCGAGCGUCUUCACAGAAUUCGAGAUCUGAUGGAUCGAAGCAAGGUCAGCAUAGAAGAGGUCAUCGCUGAACUUGGGAACGGCAUUGCGGCGCUCCACUCGGUUCCCACCGCCAUCUUCUGCGUCCUCCACUGUCUGCAGCCUCGAGAAGGCCUUCCGGAGAGCUACGGCGGCCUGGAGAGGACAAUCGCGUACAGCCUGGCCCUGGGCGGCGACACGGACACCAUAGCCUGCAUGGCCGGGGCCAUCGCGGGGGCCCACUACGGCGUCGAGGCCRUCCCUCAGUCGUGGAUCAGGUGCUGUGAGGGGGCGGAGGAUGCUGACGUGAGCGGCGGGCUGCUUCAUGCGCUCUACCACCGAACGCCGCGAGAAGACAGGAGCGAGACGGAGCGACGGAGCCGCGAGGACAAAUCUGAGAACAGUACAGAGAAGAAAACCUGAUUGGAUCUAAACGAAAGAAAAACCCUUGGAACAUCAGGAAACGUUCAGAGUCACGUGGACAUUUUCAGACUUAGAUUUUUGUUUUUGUUUGUUCAAAGAGUCAUUUCUGUAAAUUUA